AUGGACUCUUCGUCCACUAUCGUCGAGUCUGACUGCACUAAUAUGACGGACGACACCAGUGAAACCAUGUCUGAUGCCGCCGACGGCGAGAUCUCUGUGAUCGACUACGCAAGAUACCACGGUCUGAGCAAGGAUUACACAUCUUUCAAUCCCUUAUCACCUUGCAUCCUUCACGCAAUUCCAACAUGGGAGUAUCCCGAACCCGCUCACCUUCCUGAAUUCGAGCUUCCAAAAGAGCUCGAUCUUGACGAGAAAUGGACCAUUGACCACCAAAGUGCCUUGUUCCUUCGGCGGAUCACGUCGAUGGAACCCGUGCCUCAUCCUGAACUUACACGGCGAAAGAAGAAAUCUACCGAAUUCAAAGUCGAGCCUCCACUGUUGCCGACAGACCCUGACCUCGAGCAGCGACGGUUCAUGCGGGCACGACACUCGAGGCAAUCCAAAGACUCACCGAAACUACCACCUGGGACUCUCUGGGAAGACGACAGAGGAGCAGCGUUGUACUGGCCAGACCCCAAAUUGCCAGAAACACUGACCGAGCAAAUCAAACAAGAGAAACUACAACUUGGCAAGAACGAUAUACUCUUCUUGCAGCAAUGCAUUUCACUUGGUGACAAGCCUGAUACGCAAGAGCUCGACACACCUCCACACAANAAGUUCAGCGUACCAGACUCGCCUAUCAGCCGGAUGCCUUUAGCAACCAGUCCUAUUGAUCCUGUCCCAGCUGAGCUCAUGAGAAUUGAGGAUGCCAUGGACAUCGACGAUGAGUUUUCCCUGGACAGGCUCUCAGACAUAUCGGCAUUCGACAUAGGGGCUCCGAGCGAGACGUACUCAACCACCCCAUUGAAACGUAGACGGCCUGAGGAUUACAAGGUCGAAGUCCCACUGUCGCCAGCUCUACAGUCGUCGCCGAUGAAGAAACCGAAGAUUGUCACCUUCUCAGACGAGCUAUCAACGACCAUACCUGAAUACGUUAGACCGUUCCCGUCAGAGGAUUCGAAUGACACAGACGAAACGCGAAACUUCUUCGAGCAGGUCAUCGAGCCUGGUGCAAAGUCUGCACUGCUUGCUAUCGAUGGGGAACAGCUAUCGCAGGUUAAUUCAAUGCUGAGGGUAGAAGUGCCCAUCAUCGACCAGGAAGGCCCUCUACCACCAUGGAAAAUCUUUGCUCGCAAACAACUGGGCUGUCAAACAGAACUGCAGGCUCAACAGCAAUUGGUAUCCAUGCUGAAGCGGGAGACCAUUAGACCACGUGAACAUUGGCCUGACGUUGGCAGAAUCGAUGAUACUAUGUCGUAUUGGCGGCCUUCCGACACGCGCCUCAAUGAUCUGCCCGAAGAAGAAAUCGAAUGUGAUUACCUGAGCAAUUUUGAUCCUGAGAGGCCACAGGACACAACAUCUGGAUGGAAACUGGACGGUCUGAGGAUCUUGGAUCCCCGUGAAGAUGACGAUGAGGAGCUCGAAACAAUUGCAGCCCCUUGGCAGCCCCAAAUGCCUUUCUCUCCAGCGAAGAUGAAUGAAAUUCAAAUGAACUCUGCAAAACUUCAUGAGAAUUCGAUAUCAAAUCAGUCUCUGGAUCGCUUCGUGCAGGUCUAUACUGGCAAGAAACCGGGGCUACAACAAACCCAGGCCCCACCCAAGAACGUCGACAGGCAUACCAGCAACCCCCCCCCUAGNGGGGAAAUUACAAGCAGCGUUCCAGUUCAUCUCCCCUCCUUGCCGGAACCCGUGCCACCACGAACUUUCUGCUUGUCAUCAACUAUGUUUGAAAGGCGAACUCUGAUCAGAGAGAUCGAACGGCUAAUAGGCAGGGCUGAAUACAUUGAGCGCGACUUUACAUCAGCCCGUGCAUCCCGCACUUCUGAAGCCGACGAAGCGGAUAUCAUCAUUGCACCUAGUCACGGUGUCAUGUUGACCACUCUGCAGUUAAUCAUGCAGAAGAGCUUGCCAGGCCAAGUCGUUCGUAAUGUUAUACGCGAACGCGUUAUACAGCUUGCGCGUCGAUAUGAGCGACUCAUAGUCAUGGUGCAUGAAGAUCGUGGUAGGGACCAUCAACGUCCUCUGGACAGCCGCGAAUCUGGCGAACUUGUGUCUCUCAUCAACUUUUGCGCAGCACAAAGUCAUGACAUCCAGGUCAUGUAUAUUCCUGGAGAUGAGCCUGCAUUAGCAACUUGGAUCGUUGCAAGUAUGGUCCGCUUUGGCCUCGAUGAUCCGGAGGUGCAUCUGCUCCAAGAUGAGACCUCAUGGGAAUUGUUUCUCAGAAAAGCAGGUAUGGACGCAUUUGCGGCUCAAGCAGUUUUGAUCAAACUCAAGGCACCCGAGCCAUUGCCCACCCCUUCGACUGGGCAAUAUUACGGUCUGCCCGCAUUUGUCAUGAUGAACGAAACUGGAAGGCUGAGAAUGUUUGGCACCUUGUUUGGUGGAGAGAAGAUUCUGACGAAGGUGAGCAUGGCCAUCGAUGGUGGCUGGAAACGAAAUGUUGUUGCUGGCGAUUUGAGGCGCUGA